ACACUGAGCUAACAGCAGCUAACAUUAGUUUACUGUUUAAAGCAGAAUAAUGUUUCUAAUAAUAAAUUCAUGAUUCAUUCAGACUCGCUCAGGUUUAAAAUAUUUAUUGGAACAAAUUUACAAAAAAAAAAAAAACUGAAAAAUUAUUAAAAUAAAAUAAAGCUUUUAUCUUGAAAUUCCUCCCCAGAAACCGGCCCGUCACUUCCGUUGUGAACCGGUUGCCUUGACAACGGAGUGAAGAGGUGGAGGGGGGGAGGAGCCUGUGUCCAUCAGAGACCAAUGACAGCACAGGUAGCAACAGGUGAGCGGACAACACGCCUCUCACGCACACACACACUGCGGGGUGAAGGCUCCUGGGACUCGGAUCCGGUCUGACACGGAGUGACGGGAACUGGAGAAGCCAGGACCAUUACAGCGACGACGACUGCGGGACAGCGCGGGCUGUUUACCGCACAGAACCGGACCAAACUCCGCAUCAGCGGGACUUUACGGAGUGCGGGACAGUCCGUGCGGGAGGGUCGGUGACCGCGUGGGUCGUGUUUACGGGUUUAUCGAGUAUUUCGACAGUUUGAGUCAGAAAUGUUGGACAGGAAGAGUUGAUCUGUUUCCCGUCAGAGGACUGUUGCGGGCUCUUGUUGCGGGCUCUUGUUGCGGGCUCUUGUUGCGGGCUCCUGUUGCGGGCUCUUGUUGCGGGCUUCCUAACCCAGGACCCGGUCACUUCAUCCCGGGGCUGCUGACUGCGCUCGCACCAUGAUCAGCUCCGAGGGCCUCCGGCCGGCCACCUCCGGCAGGAAGCCGCUCGGGAAGCUCGCCUCCCGGCUGGAUGAGGUGAAGAACCCGUGGCGGCAGGUCUCCACGCUGGAGCUGAGCCACAACGAGGCGGCUCGGCUGGCGACGGACGCGCUGCUGGAGCACGGGGAGAAGGAGUACCGCAGGGUGCUGGCCGAGGAGCGGGAGCUCAACUUUCUGUCCCCGCUGGAGGUCGGAUACAUCACCCAGCAUGCGGCCAGCAAGACCGGCAGCACCGAGAGCAACGGCACCGGCGUCAACGACCGGGACUUCGGGGACGGGGACGCCGUGUCCGAGCUCACCUCCGGGACUUACUUCCCGAUGAUGUCCGAUGAGGAGCCGCCGAUGCUGGAGCUCGGGUGGCCGGACUCCCCGGCCAGGUACGGCCCGUCAGAGACUCAGAUCUACUUCCAGAGGGACAAGUCCCACAACGUGAAGGACCUGAUCAGGUCUCUGAUCAACAAGGCCAAGAAGGUGAUCGCGCUGGUGAUGGACGUGUUCACGGACGUGGACCUGCUGUGUGACCUCAUGGAGGCGUCCAACAAGCGCCGCGUCCCCGUCUACAUCCUGCUGGACGAGAAAAACCUCGACUACUUCACAGAAAUGUGCUCGGCGCUCGACAUCCAGAACUCACACCUGAGUCACAUGCGUAUUCGCACCGUGUGUGGCGACACAUACUGCACCAAGAGCGGGAAGAAGUUCACCGGUCAGGUCCUCGAGAAGUUCAUGAUCAUCGACUGUGAGGAGGUCAUCGCGGGGUCUUACAGUUUCACCUGGCUGUCGGCUCAGGUGCACAGCAACAUGGUGAUGCAUUUCUCAGGUCGCAUCACCGACAGCUUCGACCGGGAGUUUCGCUGCAUGUACGCCGACUCGCAGAUCAUCGACUGCUUCUUCAACCAGGAGGAGGAAGGGAUGCCGUACUACCCGUCAUACCAAGCCCUGAUGGCCCCGGGCAUGGGGCUCGGCCCGGUCAUGGGUCUGGAUUUACUCUCUGACAGCAGGCAGAGGGACAGGGUGUGCUCCGAGAACUCCAGCAGCCAAUCAAGUAACAGCGUUUCCAGCGUGAAGGCAGCGCCCGGGAUGUCCUCGAACACGGUCUACAAGGUGACUCAAGCUCACGACAAGAAGGAGCCCAACAACAACUCUCACCUCAGCCCCGAGAGAAGAGGUGGAGGCCAGACGCCGAUGCCUCAGACUCACGUCACGCCGGGACCACGAGUCACUGCUAACGGAGCAACCAAUCACAGCCCGGCUAUGGAGCGGCAGCCGCCUCCUUACGGUCAGGCAAUGGGCAUCGAGUGGAGCAAGCCCAGCCCGGUGGACAUCAUGCGGGCAAACAUAGGUGGCACCUCCUCCAAGUUCCAGGCUUUGGGGUUAUACGACCACAAACCGAGCAUGUUCCACAGCUCCGGGCUCGUCCCUGGCACCCCGAACUCAAACCUGAGCCCCAAGACCCAAACGCCCUCCCCGGUCACAGACAGCAAGCUCACCCCCAAGCAGAGGACUACCUCCAACCAAUUCCUGAACAAAUUCACGGAGCUCUUCUUGCCCCCUUCUGGCAAAGACAAAGACACCUACAACUUCCGGAGGUCACCGUCCCCUCUCAGCACCUCGCCCUGGGGUGGACCGGACCUCUCUCAAACGGAGCCGGAGAGCCAGCAGAGCCCUCCACCACCGCCGUCUCCGGUCGCAGUGAUGAGCCGGCAGGACCAUAAACGAAUGACGCUGGGCCACAGCAAGCUGGAUCUUGUGAACCAGUACAACAAGAUGAAGUCCAAGCAGGUGUACAGCCGCUUUGAGCUCAAGUCCACAAAUUAAGCCGAGUGCAUUGGACCAGAUUCACGUUGAACCUUCUGUCUGUUCUUUAUUUUUAUAACGUAGUUGGUCCUUCGUCUUCUUCCACAGUUCAGCGAUUUCCGGCACGAAUGAAGCCAUUACAGCCGCGUUGGCUCCGAGUUUUCUCCAUGAUUCUUGAAACCGUAUGUCCUCAUUGGUUGUGAUUCUUCGUGGGGUCGUAGUUUAUGAAACACAUAACAAAAUGAAAAAAAUUAGCAUGUACAAAAAUGAUACAUGCAACAAAAAUAUGAACGCAACUCUUGUUUUCGCUCCGAUUUUUCAUUUUCAAGUAAAAUAUCUGAGAAAUUUGUCAAUUCCAGACACGUGACACGUUUGUGGCAUAUUAACUGAUUAAACGGCAUAACUAUGACACCGCUCUGUCAAACUGAUGCAGUUUAUAAUUUUUUUAGGCACUGAAACGUAGAUAUCUCACACAGAGCUACAGAUACAUGUGAAAAUCACACGUCUGCACAUUUUUCAACAAUUUCUACUGGAGCCGUCACUGAGUCAUUGUGCUAACAGACGACGUGUACGUCACGUGAACUGUUCUGAAGCACGACAACAGAGACAAUCGGUGUGACAUCAACACUUUUUUUAACGUAGAUCUUUAAUUCUCCUUUUUAUUUAAAGGAAACAUCUAUCCGCUGUAGCUGUCGUGCCUAAUUUUCUAUUUUUGAGGAGCGUUUUUGGACGUAUUUGUGCAGAGGACUCGGUGCGAGGAAAUGUGACAUCGUGACAACAGCACGUCAUAUUUUAUUUCAUUAACAAACGAUCACUGUUUCACAGGAACAGGGUCCAGAUCGCAGAACGUGUUAAAGGUCCGGUGUGAAGGAUUUAACGGUGAAGCUGCAGAUUGCAGCCACUGCUCACCUGAGGCGGGAAAUACAAAUACUUCUUAUAACUGCUAAAAUGAUUUUUAGUAAUUGCAUUUUUACAGAAAUAUCUGUAUUUUAUGCUCCUUACAUUUUCAAAACAGGCUCGUUAAUUACAUUUUCCCAAAAUCAAGACGCACAAAAACCAAAAACUGCCUAAAAAAAACAAGAGCUGUUUGUCAGAAACUGCAAUUUCCUACUUUUACUUGAAGCAGUACUCUUUUUAUACACAAACACUUGUACUUCUACUUGAGUACACAUUGCAUGUACUUUUACUACUCGCCUUCCAAACACGUAGGAGAAACUAUGGUGGACGAAACGUCCCUAUCUGGAGCCAGAGUUUGGUUUGUCCGUUCUGGGCCGCCUCAAAGGGCUCAACGAAAAACAACUAUUCUUACAUUCAGGUGAUUAUACGCUGAUGAAAACACACUCAUGCAAAUUAUAUUUAAUAUCUGGUGAUCCUCAAUUUUUCUUUAAGAAAGAACGUUAAGCAAACUUUUAACUGAAGUUAGACUUUUAAUUAGAUACAAACACAUAAUAGCAGAAAUGUUUUUAAUAACCCAGUGUGUUUGAUUUAUCGCAGCCCUGACUGUAAAGUAAACACUCCUGUAUCAUAGUGUACAUGAACACGUGCCUUGAUCAUCUUGCCUUAAAGGUUUACAACAGGUUGACAAACACGAGAUCUCCACCGACUUCGAUUAAUUCUUCAUUAGGCACACGCACGCCUGUUUGAAGCCGCUAACGAAGCUCGUUGUAAAUAAAGGCGGGUGCGCGUCGAUAUUCCUCGUCACGUUUCUGGGAUGAAAUGGGUUUAAAUGUAGAAAUGAAUGUUUAAGUUGUACAGUGUGUCACACGCUAGUUUGAUUACAGAGGAGUGUUUCCUCGACUUUACUUCUUGUAUGUUGUGUUGUUGUAAAUUUGUAUAUAAAGACAGAAAUUAGACGUAAGUAAAUAAUUGUGUUAUUUACGUUGUUUUUUGUGAUGAAUUGUGCUGAUGUCGUUUUUCAUCGCAGCACUUGCAGGGCUAAAGAAGAGAUUUUUGCUGUUGUCAUCUGAGCAAUAACGAUCGACGGUGAUCAAUAAUUUUGAUAUGAGUUUUGUGUGUUUUUGUUUACUUCUCAUUUCAGUUUGUUUUGUUUGUUUGGACGACGAGCAGGAAUCGAUUCGUGUCUGACUCGUGUAUAAUAUGUUGUAUAUAAUAAAUGAACAGGCUGUCAGGA